GUGCCUGUUGAACUCACGCGCGCGCUUGGACUUUUGCCUCGUCAACCUUGAUCCACGGAUGCACAAGAAGAACUUCCAAGCCCUCGACCGAGAAACGAGAAAGCACCAGACUUGCAUCUAACAUCCCCUACCCCGUUAUUCCACACCUUCUAGCCCCCAAUCAUUCCACCACCGUACAAUACCGAAAUCACAGCAUCACCAUGAAUCCAGACCGGCAAGCCAUGAUCGACGGCUCCAAGUCACCGCGCAAGGACAGAGACCGCGACAUCACAGCGCCACGCUACGACUCGUCGAACCGCAUCGCGAAGUCUUCCCGCCAGCUACCCCCGAGAAAUAAUCCGGCAGCCGCUGUUGGCAGGUACCUCACGCAGGACCAGCAGUCGGAGCAGUUCAUCGCCGACGAGGACAAGUUUGUUUUGAAGCAGGCUAAGAAGAAGGCCGAUAUUCGCGUUCGGGAGCAGCGCGCCCAACCCGUCGAUUACCUAGCUUUCGGCCUGCGGUUUAUCGAUCCCGAUCGCGACUCCUUCGAUGAUGACGAGGACGACAUCGAGAUCCAGAUACCCGCCCCAGAGGCCGUGGUGGAGAGCCUGAACGAAGCGCAGCUAAAGGAACUCGAGGAGGACGUUCGGUCUUACCAUACCCUUGAACACAACGCGCGGAACAAGGAGUAUUGGACGGCCCUGCUGGCGCUUUGCUCGGAUCGCCGCCAGAAAUUAAAGCCGCAGGGUCCGGAAGGACGAGCGGUGACUUCGGUGGCAUCUGACGUCGACCGGAUCCUCAGCCCAAAGACCCUGGAGCAGCUAGAGGGACUGGAAAAGCAGAUCAAGGCCAAACUGCAGUCGAACGAGCCGAUCGACACGGAUUACUGGGAGGCAUUACUAAAGAGCCUACUGGUCUACAAGGCCAAGGCCAAGCUAAAGAAGGUGUGCGCCGUGAUCAAGGAGGCUCGGGUCGAGAUGCUCAAGGCGCGGGAUCCGGAAAGAGCAAUGGCACUGGAGGCUUCCGAUGGGUUUUCCGACCGCGUCCCCGAAUUACUGCCGGGCGCCCCCAAGGCCGUCGCUAAGCCGGCCCCCUCGACAACCGUGGGCGUGAGCAGUUCCAGCGCACCACCGCCAGGGACUGCUCGCUUUGCGUCGGCUGGGAAUGAGGACUUUUCGCAGGCGACCAAGGCGUUGUAUGACCGCGAAGUUGCACGCGGGGUCGGCGAAGGCGAGGAGAUCUUCGCCGCGGAAGAAGCUGUUCCGGGCAUCCAGAAGCCUCUCUGGGCCGAUAAACACAGGCCCCGAAAGCCGCGCUACUUCAACCGCGUGCUGAUGGGGUACGAGUGGAACAAGUACAACCAGACGCACUACGACCACGACAAUCCGCCACCCAAGGUCGUCCAGGGCUAUCGGUUCAACGUCUUCUACCCUGACCUCAUCGACAAGACCAAGGCGCCGACAUUCAAGAUCAUUCGGGAGCAUGGUCGCCGAAAGGGCGAGUCAUUUGCCCCCGCCGGCAAGGAAGACACCUGUCUCAUCCGUUUCAUCGCCGGCCCGCCCUACGAGGAUAUCGCCUUCCGAAUCGUGGACCGGGAAUGGGACUACAGUGCCAAGAAAGAGCGAGGGUUCAAGAGCAGUUUUGACAAGGGCAUCCUGCAACUGCACUUCCAGUUCAAAAAGGUUUAUUACCGCAAGUAAAGUACUCUCUUCGGCAAGUCGGUUCCGGCACGGCAUUCGUCGAUCCCGGAAUCGCGCCUUGGAACGGACGGCUUCCGAGCUGGGAGUGGGCCGACC